GUCGCAGGUCAAUCAAAGAGCGGAGUGAUGUUUCCCCGAAGGAUUGGAAUGUUUGGGAAGUCUGAUGUUGACCACCGCCAGCGGAGAGAGUAAACGUCACGGUUGAUGCAUGAUGUAUGGAUAUUAACAGAUUAACUCAGUCGUCUUAAUCCUUGGUCUAAUUAUAAUGUGAACCGUUUACGAAUACCUUUCCAGAACUCAGAUCAACGAAUGGCAGCCACACGGAUAUAUACAUUUGUGACGUGUCUGAUACUGUCAAGUCAUGUGCGCUGUUGGCAUGACCUGACAAACACAGACUACCACUGCUGGCCAAUUGCAGCCAGCGCUGACAAUCCUACACCCUUCGCGUCAUGUCCAGGUGUAAACAUAAGAUGGAUUAUUCCCCCGCCAGCCAAGAUAAAAGCGCAGGAACCUUUUAAUGUCACGUACGAGCUACUGAUUGCCUCGUCAUUUUACCCCUGGGCAGUUACAAACAACAUAUUUGACCAGGCUAACGGCUCCGGGUUCAGCAAUGCCGGAGACGCCGAGACGUGGUGCAAGACGGCAGUAUGUCCAGAGCCAUCCGUUGCCAACACUGAAAACUGCUGCAUCCACCACGUUAAUGUCCACUCCUGCCCUCUUGACCAAAAGGACAUCGUCAGCAAUGGCCUCUGUGGUCCUUGGAUUCCUGCUUCAGGGGACAUCUUCACACACAGCGUCGUCAUGGUCGGCCCCGUGGAUGUCGGGAACUGGACGACCACGGUUGAAGGUUUAUAUUUACAGGGAGACACAUCAGUCAUCGCACAUUUUAAAGUGGCCAAAAUGCAUGUUGCUGUGGAACAAACACUCAAAGUCCUACCAAGAACAGUGUGCGGCGACUCCCGAUGUGAGGGUCAAGAGGGGGAGGACUGUAAGACAUGUCCGAAGGAUUGUGGCGUGUGUCCUCUAGAAGGCUGGCAGAUUGCUAUCAUUGCUGUGAUUGCCGUAGUCAUCCUCGUCGUCAUCCUGAGUAUUGUUGGGUAUUUUCAGUACACGCAGAGGAAACUACUGUGGGAUGAAAGUUGGAUCAUAUCAUACGAGCAGAUUGUUGAAGAGAGUGGUCUCCGGGGUAACUUUGGCAGUGUGAUCAGUGUCCAGACCGAGAAUUCGCAAGGGAUGACUCAGGCAGCCAAUCGGAGACAAGUAUUUGCAAACAUCGCGCUCUACGAUGGACGAACGAUUGCCGUUAGGAAGAUACGGAAGAACAACUUUUCUCUCACGAAAACCAUCCGAGUCGAAGUAAAGACAGUCAGAGAGCUGGACCACCCUAAUCUGUGUAAGUUCGUCGGCGGGUGUGUUGAAGUGCCUGACGUGUGCCUGCUCAGUGAGUACUGCCCCAAAGGAAGUCUCAAUGACGUUCUCCAGAAUGAAGACGUGCCGCUCAACUGGGCAUUCAGGUUCUCUUUCGCUACUGACAUUGCUCGAGGCAUGUGCUACCUACACAGUCACCGGAUCCUGCAUGGGCGUCUGAAGGCAGGCAAUUGUGUGGUGGACGAUCGAUGGACUGUUAAAAUAACAGACUACGGACUGGCUUCCUACAGGAUGGAGGAUCUGACCAAGGAAGACCAAGAUGAGCGGGAGUACCAAGAGAAGAGGGACACGGUGUACAUUGCCCCCGAAAUAAAGCAGCACACUGCUAAACCAUCCUAUUCCUCAGACGUCUAUCCCUUUGCUAUCAUUCUUCUCGAGAUAGCUACAAGGAAUGAUCCCUAUCAGGAUGCUGAUCCCUUCAAUAUACCAACCAACUGGAAACCCCCGCUUCCAGACAUACGGGGAAAGAUGGACCCUGACAAUGUUUGUCCCUGCCCUCAGGAUUACACAGAGUUAAUUGAAUAUUGUUGGCACCCAAAACCCGACUUUCGACCGUCCUUUGAGUCCGCAAAAAAGACACUACAUAGAAUAAACCCCAACAAACUAAGCGCCGUCGACCUGAUGAUGAAUAUGAUGGAGAAAUAUUCUAAACAUUUGGAAGCCACAGUAGCAGAGAGAACACAAGAUCUUUUUGCAGAAAAACAGAAAACAGACCGACUUUUAUACAGUAUGCUUCCAAGGGCAGUGGCGGAUGUACUGAGGCAGGGGAAACCAAUUUCAGCAGAAAGCUUUGACGCUUGUACAAUAUUCUUCAGCGACAUUGUUGGUUUCACAACGUUGUCAGGGAGCAGCACGCCGAUACAGGUGGUGGCCCUUCUAAAUAAACUCUACACGACGUUCGACGGCAUCAUAGAUAUGCACGAUGUCUACAAGGUGGAAACCAUUGGCGAUGCAUACAUGGUGGUGUCAGGAGUCCCAAAGAAGACAGACAAACAUGCAUGUGAAAUUGCCAACAUGGCGCUCGACCUUGUGGAGGCGAGUCGUAGCUUCAUCAUCCCACACAAGCCUGAUGAGCUUCUCAGGAUCAGGGUAGGGCUUCAUUCAGGGUCUGUCUGCACCGGCGUGGUGGGUCUGAAAAUGCCCCGUUAUUGUCUGUUUGGGGACACAGUCAACACAGCCUCACGGAUGGAGUCCAACGGAGAAGCUUACAAGAUACAUAUAAGUAGCUUCACAUAUGAUGAGUUGGCGAAGUUUGGCGGGUACAUUUGCACCAAGAGAGGAUCAAUACCAAUCAAGGGCAAAGGAGAGAUGACCACAUAUUGGCUGAUUGGUCGAGAUGACAGUAUAAUGACCAACGAGGACAAGAUCGACCGUCUAUCGGCUAAGAAACACAUACAUAUACUGACCAAUGGUGACGCACAGAUUCGUAACCUUGAAGUAACCAUACAAGACGUGGAGGCGGGGAGUGAUGCCUAUACCUCAUUACCAGAUUUUAGUAAAGACGACUUACACACUCGCAAAACAAGCAUACACAGUUCCUCUAAUGACUCCGGUUACCAGGACAGACACGAUGAUGGCAAUAUUGAUUGCUGACGUCACAAUCACGUGACCAACCGCUGCUGUUUCGCAAAGAGAAGCCAUGCCUCGUCAGACAGAACAGCGGUAACAACUGGGAGUCCUGCAAGGCGAACCUCUGUCCUCCGCAUUAUCACUGCUGGAGGAGCACUAUUUGACGUCAUCCUUCCGGCUAAGCAGAGUUAUUUCUGUAUAAAGACUCGGAAACCAAAUCAAAGUCGGAGUGCAAUAGGCUUCGAUUUGGACUUUGAUUCUUCACGUGAUAACAUGUUUCCACGUGCUAUUGUCAAGUCGCACCCUGUUAUGUUGCCUUAUCUGUCACGCAUCAUGAUAUAACUCAUGAUCGUGUAUGAAGAUGUUACCUAAUCAUAGAGAGCUGUUCAUCUAUACACCGCAUCUUUUGGUUGACAGAGACAAUACCUUGCAAUCUUAUUCAAAUGAUUUCAUCAUUAUCGGCUUAAAACAAGAAAAAUAAAAGCUAUAGUUACAUCAACUGUAA